GGUGGCGCGGUCGAGUCAUCGUUGGGCCUCGCUGCUUCCAGCUCCCUUCCCUACCCCCCGCCCCGGCGCGGGGGGUCGACUAGCCAAGCGGGGGCGGGAGGCGACGCGGACCUUCCCCUUUCUUUCGUUCUGGCCUGCUCCCCGGCUACCCGUUCUGGGUCCCUGGGACCCGCGAGGCCCGAUCUGAGGGCCCGGGGCCUACGUGGGCCCGCCGCCGGGCCCCAUGAGGCAUAGCCUGACUAAACUGCUGGCGGCUUCGUGCAGCGACUCCCCGACGCGUAGUGAGAGCCCGGCGCCCGUCGCGACCUGCUCUCUGCCCCCGGACCUGACCGGGGCGGCGGAGGACGAGGGGACGGCGGCGGCCGGAUCUCCCGGCCGCAGACAGCCGCGCGGCGACGAGGGCGAGUCGGAGGCCGGGAGGGGGGGCCGCGGCGGCGUGGCCGCGCGCGCGCCCUCGCCUGAGGAGAUGGAGGAGGAGGCGAUGGCCAGCGUCCCCGGGGAGGAGACGGAGGACAUGGACUUUCUGUCCGGCCUGGAACUGGCGGACCUGCUGGACCCCCGGCAGCCGGACUGGCACCUGGAGCCCGGGCUCAGCUCGCCGGGGCCCCUCUCCUCGUCCGGCGGAGGCUCGGAUAGCGGUGGCCUGUGGAGAGGCGACGACGACGACGAGGCCGCGGCUGCCGAGAUGCAGCGCUUUUCGGACCUGCUGCAGAGGCUGUUAAACGGCAUCGGAGCUUGCAGCAGCGGCAGUGACAGUGGCGGCGGCGAAAAGAGGCGGAGAAAGUCCCCGGGAGGCGGCGGCGGAGGCGGCGGCAGCGGCGGCGGCAACGACAGCAACCAGGCGGCGACAAAGAGUCCCCGGAAGGCGGCGGCGGCGGCUGCCCGCCUCAACCGGCUGAAGAAGAAGGAAUACGUGAUGGGUCUGGAGAGCCGAGUGCGGGGGCUGGCCGCCGAGAACCAGGAGCUGCGGGCCGAGAACCGGGAGCUGGGCAAGCGCGUGCAGGCACUGCAGGAGGAGAGUCGCUACCUUCGGGCCGUCUUAGCCAACGAGACCGGACUGGCUCGCCUGCUGAGCCGGCUGAGCGGCGUGGGACUGCGGCUGACCACCUCGCUCUUCAGGGACUCGCCCGCCGGGGACCACGACUACGCUCUGCCCGUGGGGAAGCAGCAGCCGGACCCGUUGGAAGACCAGGACGACUCGGCCGGAGGAGUGUGUCUGCAUGUGGACAAGGAUAAGGUGUCGGUGGAGUUCUGCUCGGCGUGCGCCCGGAAGGCGUCGUCUUCUCUUAAAAUGUAGGGUCAAGUAAUCCGCUCUUUAUCCGCGUUUAUCCCCUUUCAACUCCCUUACAUCAUGUAAAACACCUUAGUGGGACAUCGUCACUGGACACAUUUCAGAGGAGGAAAAAAAAUUUCUUUUUUAGGUGAUUUCCUUCCUGCCAGGCUCCGUUGUAGGGGUUACAGAACAGUCGUUCCCGCCUCACCACCUGUGGAUACAGCUGUUGGGGCAGAAGAGACGGGACCAGCUGCUGGCCACAUUUCCUGCUUUAUUUUAAAAGGUAGUAUAAGAAAUGAGGAAAAAGAGGUAAUAUCAGGGCUUCUGCUUUUAUUUUAAAAUGUUCAUAAUUAAAAAGUAUUUUCCAGCAGUCCAAAGAUGUAAGUUAUCUUACACAUAAAAUGUUUUAUUUUGUUGUUAUUUGGUUAUGAAAAUGGAAUCUUGUUCUUGCACAACUGUAAAUGUUUUGUUGCUAGAUAAUACACUCUGAGACCUAACUUGGUCUCUGGUUUCCAGUGCAUUACAGCAUAUUUUGUAAAAUCAUCUACUGCACUUGAGCAUGAAUACGGAUAGUAGCCAAACUCACAACCUGGAGUGAUGAACCUGCUUAUACCUAAGUGCAGGAGCAAGCCCCUCACAAUGCAGCUGCAUGGAUUUUUAGUGCCUACUGAAUAAUAUAUAAUAUAUAUAAACCAAAAGUAGUUGGAAAAAUUAUUUGAAAUGACUAAUUUGUGCUAUCUUUAUGGAAUAUGUUAAAUGUAGCUUUUUGAAACAGAAGCCUUGAAUUGAAAUUUAAUUAAUACUUGAACAUUUUGUAUAUAUAUAUAUCUUUGUAUAUAAUUUUGUGCAGUACCAAUGACAAAAAUAUGGUGUCAUAAUAAAAUCAGGUUUGUUGAUCUUUCAGUUAUGGGCUCAAAGAAUUUAUUCAUCUCUAACAUGACAUUGGAAAACAAUGGAUGAAAAUAGGAAAAAUGAUUGUUGUUAAUGCUGUGGGUCUUAGGUUCUGGAAGCACUUAGCAGUGUCUGCAAAAACGAAUCUUUUCCUACAACCUGUUAACUGACUGGACUGAUGGUAACAAAGUAAUUGUGGGAGCCAUGUCGGUCAAAAAUUUGGCAUCUGCUGAAAAAAAUGAAUGCCAUUUUCAAGUUCCCAAAUUACUUCUAUACUGAUUUCACUUUCCAGAUUUCACUUUCCAGAAAUGGAGAUAUGAAAAGAUUGUCUGGAAUCCUUGAAAGACUUAAUAGGAAUACAUGAGACUAAGUUAAUUUUGGAACAAAAUUAUACAUUUUUUUGUCUUUCAUGGGAGGGAUACUCAGUUCUUUGCAUACCUUUUAAAAAUUGUAACCAUUGGAGAAGAGAUUGAUAGUAUUUCAUCAAGGAAUAUUAGAUUCUUUUCAUAAUCAAGAGCACAUUUUAUGGAAUUACAUUUAGUCCAGUAGAGUUACAUAAAUAGGCCAUCAGUGAUCACAAGGCUGAAUCAUGAGUUUGUAUUUAUUUCCUGGAACAUGAGAGCUAAUCUGAAGUAUAGACAGACCUUGCUGAGUAGAAUAUAAGAGUUAAUGUAAAGUCUUUAAAGAGUAGUCUUUUUAAAUAGAUGCAUUGAUUUGUCUGUAUAUCUUUGAAAAAUUUAUUAUGAUUAAAUGUGUGGGUAGUUAAUUGCAAUUCAGGGUAAUGCCAAGAUGUGUGGAUUCUGAGGUUUUGGCUUAUUGAGCUUCCUCUGAGGACAUAUUAAAAUUAUUUUGAGGUUUCUAAUGAAUGGUAUACUAGUUUCUACUGUUUUGUAUUAAAAUUUCUCCAGUGUGAAAGGCUUUUUAG